AUGUUGCCUAUUGCGAGACCUGCCGUCUCUGGCGCCUUGUGUGACCGUGGCCAGCUCUCUAACACAACUCGAACAGUGCGCCCUCGAAUCGCAGCAUGCAUUCCUCGUGCCAGCCCCAUUGCCGCCUUGACUACCUCUUCGCAGAAGUCUGCAAAUGCCCUGGAGCGCCAGUCCACUAGCGGACAGUCACUUACCGCCUCUGGCAAGGUCCGAACAGAAGUGCCUCUGCCCAGCCAAGAGAAGAAAGAGGGCGCGAUGCAAUAUGUCUUGACUACACUCGAUCAAGUUACCAACUGGGCUCGUCAGAGCUCUCUCUGGCCGAUGACCUUCGGCCUCGCCUGCUGUGCCGUCGAGAUGAUGCACUUGUCCACCCCCCGCUACGAUCAGGAUCGUCUUGGAAUCAUUUUCCGUGCCUCUCCCCGUCAGUCCGACGUGAUGAUCGUCGCCGGUACUCUGACAAACAAGAUGGCGCCUGCUCUCCGUCAGGUCUACGAUCAGAUGCCCGACCCCCGGUGGGUUAUCAGCAUGGGCAGCUGCGCCAAUGGAGGUGGCUACUAUCACUACAGUUACUCGGUUGUCCGUGGCUGUGAUCGUAUUGUUCCCGUUGAUGUUUAUGUUCCUGGAUGCCCCCCUACCGCCGAGGCUCUGAUGUACGGUAUCUUCCAGUUGCAGAAGAAGAUGCGUCACACCAAGAUCACUCGCAUGUGGUACCGUCGUUAA